UCACGGCGGGAGCCCGAACCGGCGUGCUUGGGGUCGCUACACGGCAGCCCGGGAUUAGGCAGCGUUUGCGACAGACCAGAUGCUUCCCUAGGAGAGGCGGUGUGGCGAGCUGUCGGUGACGUGCCUCGCCGUUCUUCUAGCACCGUUCUUGUACUGCGCAGAGCUGGGAGCACGCAGGGAUGCCGGAGGUGGACUGAUAAUAAGUACUGAAUACUUCAGGGAAGAAGAAAGGCAAGAUUUACUACUCAGCAGACUUCUGUAGGUUCUGUCUUUCUAGAGAAGAAUAUCCCUCGCUUUGCAGUCAAGCUUAUUUCAUGUCAUCACUUUUUGGCAGAAAGGUGAAGCAGUAUUUUUUCCUGCUGGUCUAUCCCUCAAGUUCAAGAAGCCAUCUAUCUUCAAGGCCCUGAAGAACUCUGAUUAUCUGCGUUGAGAUAAUGAGGAGCCCACUGGCUUUCUGCUGAGCAGUAUUUGGAAGGCAAGUGAGAGACCAUUAUGAUUAUUUGGACAUCAGAGAGGAAAUACUUGAGCCGACACCUUGACUUCACUGUGUGGGUGGACACAGAAGAGUCAUGGAGUAUUACCUUCAGCCUUCUCUCAGACAUCCUCCCUUGGAUUGUUUUCUGCAUAAAGCAAUGGAGGCAGAGGAGGCAAAGAACCAGCUGGCAGAUGGGCACCAAGCUCCAGACCUCCAGGUGACAUGGCUGCUCCCAUCUCUCCUCUACUGCAGGAAACGUGUUUGGAAACAAUAACAACUACAUGAACAUGGCAGAGGCAAAUAAUGCAUUUCUUGCUGCAAAUGAGCAGACGUUCCACACGCCGAGCCUGGGGGAUGAGGAGUUCGAAAUCCCACCUAUUACACCCCCACCUGAGUCAGACCCUGCACUGGGGAUGGCAGACAUCCUGCUGCCCUUUCAGGGCCUUGGCGACCAGCUGACAGCACAAGGAAAUGACUUUACACCCCAGUUUCCCCCUCAGAGCUUGGAUCUCCCCUCCAUUACUAUAUCCCGAAAUCUCAUGGAGCAAGAUGGCGUCAUCCACAGCAAUGGAUUGCACAUGGAUCAGAGUCACACCCAAGUUUCGCAGUACCGCCAAGACCACUCUUUGAUUAUGAGAUCCAUUGUCCACAUGACGGAUGCUGCUCACUCGGGAAUUAUGACUCCCUCUCAGCUCACCACCAUUAACCAGUCCCAGCUAAGUGCACAGCUGGGGCUAAAUCUGGGAGGCACCAACAUGCCACACACUUCUCCCUCCCCUCCUGCCAGUAAAUCAGCCACUCCUUCCCCCUCCAGCUCGAUAAAUGAAGAAGAUGCAGAUGAAUCAAAUAGAGCUACUGGAGAAAAAAGAGCUGCCCCAGAUUCUGGCAAGAAGCCGAAAACUCCAAAGAAGAAGAAAAAGAAAGAUCCCAACGAGCCACAAAAGCCGGUGUCAGCAUAUGCCCUUUUCUUCAGGGAUACACAAGCUGCAAUUAAAGGGCAGAACCCAAAUGCUACGUUUGGAGAGGUUUCAAAAAUAGUGGCAUCUAUGUGGGACAGUUUAGGAGAAGAACAAAAACAGGUAUAUAAAAGAAAAACAGAAGCUGCCAAAAAAGAAUACCUAAAGGCACUUGCAGCCUAUAGAGCAAGCCUUGUUUCCAAGGCUGCUGCAGAGUCUGCUGAGGCCCAGACAAUUCGUUCUGUGCAGCAAACAUUGGCAUCCACAAAUUUGUCUUCCUCCCUUAUUCUGAAUACUUCUCUCUCUCAACAUGCCACAGUAUCGGCAUCUCCUCAAACUCUUCAACAGUCCAUUCCCAGAGCAAUUGCUCCCAAACCUCUGACCAUGAGACUGCCAAUGAAUCAGAUUGUAGCUUCUGUUACCAUUGCAUCAAACAUGCCGACAAACAUUGCAGCUCCAUUGAUAAGUUCUAUGGGAACAAACAUGGUGGCAACACCGUCUUCAUCUCAAGUAAGUCCCUCCAUGCAAAGCCAGCAGCACCAGAUACAGCAGCUGCAGCAGCAACAGAUGCAGCAGAUGCAACAGCAGCAGCUACAUCAGCAUCAAAUGCAUCAGCAGAUACAACAACAAAUGCAACAACAGCAUUUUCAGCACCACAUGCAACAACAUUUGCAGCAGCAGCAGCAGCAUCUUCAGCAGCAAAUUAACCAACAGCAAAUGCAACAGCAGCUUCAGCACAUACAGCUUCAGCAGAUGCAGCAGCAGCAGAUGCAGCAUAUGCAACACCAGUCACAGCCUUCUCCUCAGCAGCACUCGCCAGUAGCCUCUCAGAUCACUUCUCCCAUCCCUGCCAUUGGGAGCCCUCAGCCAGCACCUCAGCAGCACCAGUCACAAAUACAAUCUCAGACACAGACUCAAGUAUUAUCACAGGUCAGUAUUUUCUGAAGAUAAAUGAUCUCACAGCAUCGCUUUGUGUUGAUGGAGGGGGUAGGGGUAAACCAUAUUUGGCUGAAAACUGUAAAUUGUUGAUGGUAGUUAUGCAGGGAUGCAUAACAGAUCAAAUGAUCCUCUAAAGUGUCUAUUAGAUAGGCAAUAAAGAACUACAAUGUAGCUGUGUAUCAUCUUUUAGCUGACUAUAAAUCAUUUUGUUUAAAAAAAAAAAAAAAAAGCUGUGCUCUCUUUCAUGUGAUGCCUUUUUAAUUUAUUUAAGCUUUACCUACAAUAUGUGAAUCAAAUGGCCUAAUAAAUACCUGAACCUUAUGACUGCAACAUGGCCUUUCAGAGUUACAGAUUUCUCUAAAAGUGAAUAAUGCACUUCAAGGCAGUAUGAACUCAUGAAGCCCUUAAAGCACAGUUGUAACUACCUGUAAAAUGAUGAUUGGAUUUCAUACAGUCAUACUUUUAUGACAUGAGUUCGUUGAUGGCAUUUUUUCUCAUGAAAAAAAAAAAAUAGAGUAUGUCACAGAUUUUUGCCAAAGCUCUUAAAUUUCUGUCCUAAAUAUCUUCAGAAAAGCAAAUGCAAGUAACUGAACUUCAAUGUUUGAUCCAUCCUUUCACUUCAUUCCUCCCGAUAAACUUACCAUAGUUUGUAACAAAAUAUAUAUUGACAGUUACCCUAUUACAUUAAUUCCAAUUACAGAACAAAUGUGAAUAUUAUAUUCUGUGUGGAAGUGAUGAGUUUCAGAUUUAAUACACUGUAUUUUUAAAAGGGAAAUGCACUUAACUAAGGCUGUUAUUACAAAAAGCUAAGAUGAAAAAUGCAAGAGUUUUUAAUACGCUGUAAAACCAGUAGAAUAUUUAAAAGAAACUCCACGACCGAAUAAUCAAUGUAAAUAUUUUCUUUAAAAGUUGUAACUUUUCAUAUCAUGUGUUGUAAAGUUUUCAUAAAUGAGGCUUUAAUGUAAACACUGGUAACAUGAAUUAUUAAUUGCUACAUUGCUUAUUGUGUUUUUAUGCUGUUUUAUACUUUUUUAUGAGUUACGAUAGCAGCAAUUAAGUUGUUUGUAUUUUGCUUAUCUAAAAUAAAUGCUUUUAUCUUGCUAUAGAAUAAACACAUUUCAGUAAAAUCGAUGGGCCACAAGUCUUUGAUAAGAAAAAUAACCAAGAGAAAUGUUUCCUUGCAGAACUGCUUUCUCUGGCACUUUAUUCUACUUUCUGGAUUUGAGUGUCUCAGCCAUGCUGUGUAAAUAGGUACUGGUCUGUGCAGCCAGCUCUGGUGUCUGUAAGUCCAUGGCUGGAGGGGGGCAUGCAGCUCCUCUGAGCAGGCUGUGGCUUCGAGGUGCAAGAGCAGGUGGUGCAGCGAUGAUGGUGCAGAGCGCUCAUCCACCCCAUGUUACGUCCAUCGGUGGGAACGGGGUAAGGAGCCUGUCUUAGCCACUCAGGGAUGCAAAUAAGUACAGUUCAGGGUUUUCCUCGUGUCCUUGUGUUUUUGCUGUAAGCCCAACCGGUGUCCUGAGCCCAUGAGCCCCUGGCUUGUCCCAGACUCUGGCUGGUGCUGAAUGGUGCAAGCAGGGAGCAGUGGGUGUAGAGGAAGCUGUUUCACUGGAAAUAUUUGGAAACAUUUGCAUCCAACAUGUUGGCAAGAUAUUAAUGCUCUUUCUACAUCUCUGCUCUUGAUGGAGGAGAAAAACCCUUCCUUUCUUCUUUCCCAUCCCUGCCUGCUAUUGCUGUGUGCUGGGUGCAGCCUGACCACUAUCCCCAGUUGUCUUGCAUGAUUAAUUACAGCAUCUGUCCUGUCAGGAGCUAUAAUGAAGAGGUCUUGAUAAAAAUUGCAAAUUACCACUGGCAACAAUCUUAAACUGCUUAUGAUAAAAUGAAAAUUAAAAACAGCAAGUGUCAAACCCGAGCAGAAUCCUAAUCCUGUCUCAGGCCGUGUCCAUGGUUACCGACCAGGCCCCAAAACAAAAAUAAUGGGAUAUAGAUCCCCCAAAAGUUGCAGCCAGACUUGAGGGAAAAGGUACUGUGCUGUGCGAGUUUAUUAAUAAUGAAUUCAGCUUUCAAUAUUUCACAGUCCUCAGGUACUCUGUUUAUUAUCUACAAAUAUUGAACAGCAAGAGAUUCCAAUUAGAAAUUUAUAGAUUUCUUGGAGCAGAAAAAAUCAUGUAUAAAUUGAAGCUUUUUGUAAUAGGUGUUAGUUGACAGCUACCCAUGCUCGUAAUAGCCUUCGUGUGAUAUCUAAUCGUGUCUGGGAGGGAGGGGGCUUAUUUCAGGCACAAGGAAGCCUGUGUGCAUUGGAAAUGGCACAGCAGAGGCUGGUUGUGAAAGAUGGUUUUGUGUCAGUUUUAACCAGUGUUACAUAACAAAGAGGACCAUUUUAUAGUCUUUUUGAAACCUUUAAACAACUGUCUUCAGAAAUAAUUGCCAAACUGCAUGUGACAGUAAUUGUGUAUUAGUUCUGUAAUUGUCAUUUUGAAGACCUAUGAAGUAUCGUUGGGAAAAAUGUCACUAGUGAUAAGAGUUAAUUACAACUGAAGUCUGUUUUCAACUAUUUGUGGUAAGAAGCAGGUGUUAUUGUACUCAUUAAAUGAUUUCAUAAAUCCUGGGUUUUAUCACAUUUGAUUAAGAGCUGCUGAACUACUGAUGGUCAAUUCCAGGGGAAAAAAAAAAAGUUUUAAUUGCCGCAUCUAAAAAAAUUAAUCAUCAAGCAGGACUGAAGAGUUUAAAUAUCAAAAUUUCAAUCAUGGAAAACUGGAGCAUCCUCCUGCUUGCUACAAAAUUAUAUUUUCCAUUACCCGCAAUAGCAUAUUGCAGAACAUCUUGUGUUUCAAACUGUGCAAGUUGGAGUUCAUAUUCUCUACGUCUAAGUGAAUAACUUCGCUGUCGUAGGUCACAAAUAAAACUGUUAAUUUAAAUCACUUACUAUGAAAUUUAUACAAGAAAAAAUGCCUUAGCCAUGAUUUCAGUGUCAUACAUGUUUUAAAGACUGUUUUCUUCGUAUCGUUUACAAGUACUUAACUGCUCCCUUCUUUUCCCAAGGUUUCAGAUGCUUUAUCACCCCAGUUAACCACAUUCUACUUUCACAUUAACCCAGGUUGACACAUGAUGAAAGAACAUAAGGAGGUUUAAUUUUUAGCUGACACAGGGUCAUUGGUUUCUAACUUGAAGAACAAAGGCUUUAAAUACCUCUAUGCAACAUAAUCUCAAUUUUAUUUUAUCACCUGACCAUUGUGGUUUGCGGGACAGAUGGAUUAAAUAUCUCAAGUUUAACCAGUAGUCUUGCACUGUCUCUUUUCAAUAGGGAUUGGACUUUUGAAUGGCUCCUUUUCCAUUUCUUACUUCAUGGAGUAUUUUUCAGCACUGGACUUCAUUCUAACCUUUCCCUCCCCCCUUUGUUUGGCUUUUGUUUUGCAACAGCUGUUAUUAUCGUUUUUGGUCAGCUGUGAUUGCUGGAGGCAAAAUAGGACCAGAUGGUGUUUUGCUAUGCAUGAAUGGAGAGUUAGAGGAGUUUAGAUUGAAUAGGCCAAGUUUGAAUGGUGUCUAUGCACCACCUGCCCUCUUCAGCAGCAGCACACACAUCAUAGGAGCAUGAUCUGUCUCAGACCUACUAGAAUUGGA